AUGUCAAAUAGUGCUGUUAUUUUGAAGUACUUGCCGGAAUCGACUCAAUUGGAGUUGGUUAGCACUUUAAUUAAUCAAGAUGAAUUGGAGCAAGCACUCGAAAUAAUCAAUGUUACAGCUAUUGACUUGUUUGGACAUGAAGCAGUUUUAGGGAAAUUAUUUGAGAAAUUUGAACAUGCCGUAUCGGAAUUCUUCUCCGAUUUCCAAAAUGAUAAAAAUAAUAGAUGCGACAUGCAGGAGCUGCUACAAGAACAUCAUGAACUGCUGACUUUGUUUGAGUAUAUCAAGACUAUUCCAAAAUUACAGGAUCAGUUUUAUGACUGGACCUAUUCUAAAAUACUUUCUUUUAUCAAGGAGAGGAGAAAUGCCCUAUAUGAUGAACUCUUUUUUAGUGAAAUCGUGUCAAAAUUCAUUGAUCUGAAAACAAGUCCUUUUGCUUUAGAAGAGGGAAAUAUGAGUGACGAAACGGAACUUUUAUUAUUGUUAUCAUUAGUUGAACUACAUUUUUUAUCAAUCGAGGAAGAUGACUCCAAAUUGCAGGAUCAAAAAUCCAAUGAAUUGGAUAGAUUGCUUAUCCCAUUAAUUGGCUGUAAUAUAGAAAACAUUGCACUAAGCUGCUCCAAACUCAUUCGUUGGAGGUUUAAAUGCAUAAACCAAGCUUGCUCAGCUGACUCUGAAUUUGAUAGCUUGACUUGGAAAUUAAUUAAACGAAUGAAUAAUCCAGGAGCAACCAGGGAGUGGAAGGAAAGGAACAUCUUGACGUUCUUGCUAAGAAUACUAUCCAACGCUAAUAUUUCUAACGGCCUUAUAUCUUUCAUGAAAACUAGGGAAUAUUGGGGCUUUUUGCAGGACUCUUUAAACCAUAAAGUACAUGAAUACAGAAAAUUAGGCCAAGCUGUGCUGAAAUUAUCAGUUCAACGUUUGUCUACAAACACAAACGAGACGUUUUCUGCAGAGUUAUUUAUAUGGGAUCAGCGAGAAGGUGCCGACAUUAUAGAAACAUGGAAAAAAUUCACAACCUUGUACGAGAUAGUUGCAUUAGAUACCGCCCUAAAUCAAAUUCAGGAAGCUCGUACUGAUAUUUUGAGCAUAUUUGAUAGCAAGUUUUUAGAUCCCAGUUGGGGUCUGAUCUUGUUUUCCACUGGUUUGAGAGCAUCUAUGGAAAGCGUCAGAAAGUAUGUUGUGUCGUUGAUCCUGGAAGUGCAAAAUCCAUCUAUAUUUACCUCUAACCUGAGAAUCCUAACAGAGACUAUUUUACCGACAUUAAUGCAAGCCCAUUACUUCAAAGCGAUUAAGAACAAUUCCCAUUAUGCACAAGAUUGCCCUCAUGGUGAACGCGUGGCUAGAUUUGUUAGUAGAAUCUUGAACAAUAGUAACGGCCUUGAACAGGAAACCAUAAAAGAAAUUUUAUUGUUGUUGAUUCAAUUUGGUGCCGCGUUCGAUCCUGCUAGAAUAUACGUAUCACUUGGAUUGUAUCGUUUUUUAGAAAGCAAGGGUAACAAGUCUAUAACGAAUGAGCAUAUAUUGUUAUUCCGGAAGCUAUUCGAAUUUGAAUGCGAAGAACUAAUUUUUGAAACAACCAUGCAAACCUUAUAUUGGAACUGCUUAAAUUAUGUCUCGGAUGAUGUUACUCCUGAAGUGUGGGUAGAUGUUGCGCUUUUCCACUUGAGGAAAUGCCUCUGCAAAUUAAAUCAUCUGGAUGCUGGCUUGUCAACUGAUCAAAAACCAAAUAGCCAAAAAAUCACUAUCCCAUUCAAAGACAAUAAUGGCCGGUAUAGAAGCGUGGAUACAAUGAUAAACUUGAAUAAAAUUAAUUCAGUUAUCUUAAUCAAACUCACUGACUUUCUUUAUGAACUAAAAAAAGACAUGUGGUUUGACCAGGUUAAACUUGAACAAGAAAGGGAUCUUCUACUGACAAUCGAACAACCUUCCAAGUACAGUACUACGGAACCUACCGGUGAUAUUCAAACUUUGCCUGUAGAAUCAUUCAAAUCAAUAAAUGUGCCAGGCUUCUUUGAAAAUCUACUGAUUGCAUUCACACCUUACAAAAUGGAGAUAUUUGCAAAUAUUCCGGCUGAAAUACUAAAACAACAACUUGGACAAAUUGGGCACGAGCGUUUGUGUCGUCUGUACUCUGGUAUCACAUCAUAUUUCAAACAAACUGUGGAUAAUAAGUUGAAAGAUGAAGCAUACGGCCGUUUCUUUUGGUUUGUUUCCUUAACUUAUCACUCCGAUAUAUCGUCAGAAGAUGUAAACGGUGUUUUAAUAUUGGCAAAAUCAAACGUUUUUGAUGAUAAUUGCAACUACUCAGGUAACGUAUCCAUCACAUCCCUGUGUAGAGACAUUCUUUCCAACUCAGAUGUAAACGUUGAGAAUUUACUAAUUAUUUAUGACAUUGCAUCUACAAUCUGGGAAAGUAUUAAUGAGGAAAGGUUGGUGUUAAAGGAAAGUCAAUUGCAUAUCCAACUGAUUAAUAUCCUUUUUGACAGUCAUAUCUUGAGAUAUGCUACCGAGCAAUCUUUGACUAUGCAAAAGAAUUUAUUGGUGUAUGGCAAACAGGUUGCCAAAUUGGGGUACGCAAGAAGGGUAUUUUUACCUGCCAUCUCUGGUAAUCUUGCUGUUUUUCUGAACAGUUACUCGAAAUCUUUUAAAAAUAAGGAAUCGUACAUUUGGCUUGCAGAUCUCCUCAUAUCUGUCAUUGUACAGCCUCAAAUGGAGCAGAAUAUCUUUCAUUUGAAAACAGUCGUAUCUUUCAUUUAUGAUGAGUAUUUUGGAGCUGAAAACACAGAGAAAUUGUAUCAUCUGGUUUACAACGAUUUCGAAAUCAGCAGCAAAGUUUGGGCUAUAGCUGGUGCGAUCCUCUCUGGACCAGUAUUUGGCCAACAAAUCCGGGAUUAUUUAGUACACAGUACCAACCUACUAACCUCCAAGAAACGGAUUGAUGCGAUAGAGGAAAACCAAAGGCUAUUGGAAUGGCAACUGUUGCUUCUUUCGUCUUCACGUUGUGAAAACAGAGCAAGCGAAAGCAUGAUUUUAUCUGUGUUGGAAAGUAUAGAAAACGAGGCUUCUCCCCUUGUCAGGAUUUACAAAGAAUGGUUUCUUGGAUUGGAACUAGCUGAAACAUACAAUGAUUCUGAGAAGCCGAACAUGAUUGAGGAUUAUCUCUUUGAUUUAUUGAUAGACCAUAGCAAGCCAACUCUGGUUGUAAGUGCAACCAAAAUUUUAUUCCUUGCACUUAAGGGGGCAAGUUCUCAGGAUCAUCAACGUCUGCUGAGUAGGUUCAUCUGUUUUUUGAUCCCCAAUGCAGGAUCCAACAAACCUCUCGUAAGGCAUUUCUCUAAUUCUUUAAUGUUGUCCUUUUGGCCUCAUUUCAAGGACGAGUUGAAGGACUCCACUUUGCGAGAAACUGUCAAGAACUUGUACGACAACGCAAAAAAGACGGAGGUCAUCGGCCAAUACAGAAGCGGUGAUGCGAAUGUUUGGGAUAUCAAGAAAGAUUUCACUCUGACGGGCAUAUUUGGCGGUGUAAUUCGGAAGACAACGGAUCAUGACCCUCUCUAUAUUGGUACUGCCGAAUUUCAGCAAUACAUGGCUGAAUUUCCAGAAGUUCGUUCAUUUGUGGAUUUUGGCGCUGAUGACAGUCAUCUGUGGUUGGGCAAAAGGGGUACCACCACUGAUACUGUAGAUGAGGGUGUCCCAGACUGCGCGCAGAGUACCGAGAUCUCGCCAUUACAGACAAAAAGCGGUGCUUGGGAGACUGUGCUGGAUUUGAAUAACAAGAAAUCGACUGACACCGUUAAACGCUCGAGUUUGAUAGUUGUUGCUUCCCUCGUUGACAAGCCACCGAACCUCGGUGGCAUAUGUAGACUCUGUGACGUUUUAGGGGCCGAGCUAUUGACAAUACAGGACAUACGAGCUAAGAAGCAUCCUCAGUUCAAGAACGUAGCAGUUACGGCAGAUAAAUGGAUGCCGAUGCAGGAGGUUCCCGUUAAUGACAUAGCCAGUUUUAUGAAGGAGAAAAAAGGGGAAGGUUAUACACUAAUUGGGCUGGAGCAAACUGACAAGUCUGUGAAAUUGGAUAACGAUUACCAUUUCCCGAAGAAAUCUUUGAUUCUGCUCGGUACCGAAGCACACGGUAUUCCGGGCCAUCUUUUAGAGGAGCUGGAUCUUUGUUUGGAGAUCAAACAGUUUGGAGUCAUCAGGUCAAUGAACAUCCAAACUGCAACUGCUGUGAUCGUCCACUCGUACACGGUUCAACACAUGUAG